AUGGAAUUGUUUGCCUUGAUCUUCCAGGGCUGUCUUGGGGCACUUGACGAGACCCACAUCAACGUAUUAGUGAGCAGCACGGACAAGCCACACUAUCGAACCCACAAAGGUCAAAUUGCAACCAAUACCUUAGCGGUUUGUGAUCGGAACAUGCAAUUUGUAUUCGUCCUCCCUGGGUGGGAGGGGUCGGCCGGGGAUUCGCAGGUGUUGCAUGAUGCUGUCAUGCAAAAAGGAGGUUUAAGGGUCCCGCAAAGAUGUUAUUACCUAUGUGAUAAUGGGUACGCAAAUAGCAAUGGAUUCUUGAUGCUGUACAAAGGAGUGCGUUACCACCUGAAAGAGUGGGGUCCUGAUGCAUUGGGGCAUCUGCGUUGUGCUUCUUAUUACCCAAUCAAAACUCAGAUACGGUUAAUAAUGACAUGUUUUCUGUUGCAUAAUUUCAUACGCCGCGAGAUGCCUAAUGACCCUAUAGAAGCCCAACUUGAUUCGAAUGUUUACUACACCACUAACAUCCCCGACGUAGAUGGAGUUGAGUUUGUCGACCACUCGGAACCAUCCACCGAGUGGAUGCAAUUCCGAGAUGAUUUGGCGAACGCAAUGUGGCUCCACAGACAACGUGCUUGA